UUGAAUCAGGAUAAAAAUGCAGUUGUUUCUCGUCCACCUCAGACCUCGGAAGCAACUCUCAAAACAGACACCAACGCGUUAACCAUGUUGUCGCCCCCGUCCAGCCGUGGCUCUUCUCCUUCGCCGUCAUUAUUCCUCGGUUCAGACUACUCAUAUAAUCCGCGAGGCAGCUUUUCCUCCAUAGCUUCUUCAGCGGACACUCCCCUAUCUACCCCGCGACCUCUGCAUGCACCACCCCUGGUGGCCAAGGCUCAUAGUUGGGAAGGUGCCCAGCUUACCCGUCGACGACCAGGCAAACUCGUCAAAGCUAAACGCAGCUUCCAUAAACCCGAAGGUGGCAACGCGUCUCUUGUGCGCAGGAAAUACUCUGUGCCGAGUGUCAUCGUGACCAAGACUGACGAUUCGGAGCAGAAGGACCAAACUAGAUUCCUACAUCCAGGGGUACUCACAACUCAGACCUAUAUCUUUGUGCUCGGACUGAAUCCUGACGGUAGUGAACAGCACGGACCACCGACAGAACUUGUCAUGUGGACUUGUUGUGGCGAGGAAGAAUGCGCCAUCGGUUGCGCGUUGUUGAUCUGCUAA